ACACAAAGGAGGAGAGACAAGGGGAGGGUUUUUGCUUCCAAGUUCUCUUCCUUCCUUGAUUCCUAACUAAUUCCUUAGCUGAAUUGAUCUUUCAGUGGUUCUUCCAAAAAAAAUAAAAAUACAAAGUUCAAAUGAUCACUAAUUUUUUACUUUGUCUCAUCUAAAGCCCUCUCCAGCAGCUCAAGUUUCCGUUUUUCUUUCAUCAAGAUCAGAACCUGAAAUGUGGGAUCUCAAUGACUGUCCUGAUCAGCCACGGGAUGAUGAAUCCGAGGGCUGUUCUUCACCCAAAACCUCCGUUGACGGUGAUGAAGAGAAGGGUAAACGGGUCGGAUCCGUAUCCAAUUCGAGCUCGUCAGCUGUCCUUGUUGACGACGGAUCGGAGGAGGAAGACGGUGGGGAGAGAGGGAGGACGGUGAUGAAAAAGAGAAGAAGCAGGAUUUUCGGUUUCUCUGUUCGCCGUGAAGAAGAGCAGGACCCGCCAGUGACCCGGCAGUUUUUUCCGGUUGAGGACCCAGAAAUGGGGGACACUUCUGGUGGGGGCGAUUGUGGACCGAGGUUCCCCCAAGCUCACUGGGUCGGAGUUAAAUUCUGUCCAUCGGAGCCUGUACUCGCCGGAAAACCCGCCACCGACGUUUCCCACCCGAUGAAGAAGAGCAGGAGAGGACCCAGGUCGAGAAGCUCCCAAUACAGAGGUGUUACUUUCUAUAGAAGAACUGGAAGAUGGGAGUCUCAUAUUUGGGAUUGCGGAAAACAAGUUUAUUUAGGUGGGUUUGACACAGCACACGCCGCUGCUCGUGCUUAUGAUAGAGCAGCUAUCAAGUUCCGGGGAGUCGAGGCAGAUAUUAACUUCAGUAUAGAAGAUUAUGAAGAUGACUUGAAGCAGAUGGGCAACCUAACCAAGGAAGAAUUUGUGCAUGUACUUCGCCGACAAAGUACUGGAUUUCCGAGGGGGAGCUCCAAAUAUAGAGGUGUAACCUUGCACAAGUGCGGCAGAUGGGAAGCAAGAAUGGGUCAAUUUAUGGGCAAGAAGUAUGUUUAUUUAGGCCUGUUUGAUACUGAGAUUGAAGCUGCAAGGGCUUAUGAUAAAGCUGCAAUUAAAUGUAAUGGCAAAGACGCUGUAACUAAUUUUGAUCCCAGCAUUUACGAAAUUGAGCUUAGUUCUGGUGAAACUUCGGGUAAUGCUAGAGAUCAUAACUUGGACUUAAGUCUAGGGAAUUCGACCUUGCAACAAAACAGUCUGGAUCAAAGGCAGAAUAAUGUCGUUGAUCAUCAGCGUGGUUUGCCAUUUGAAGGUGAUUGGCGGAACCUUGGAUUUAGGCCUAGUAAUAAGGAACCAUCUAGAAGCGGAAGUGAUCCUCAAAGAAGAGAUGGUUACAGUGAGGCUGAAACCAUGCAGCUUUUGAGCCAAACACACAUUGAAUCUCCAGCUUCAGUGAAGUCCAAUGAGAUUCCAAGAUAUGUGCAAUUCAGGAGACCUGGAGAGACCCACAUGUUUCAAAUAGUUCCUCCUCAAAUCAACACACCGGGGUAUCAGAUUCAAUUUCCAAGCAGCAGCAUUGGGGGGCAAAUUGGGAGUGGCCUUUCGCUAUCCACAAAUGAUCAUCAACAGCAACAACAACAACAACAAUGGCAAUCCGGUCCUCAUCAAUUGGUUGCAACUGCUGCAGCAUCAUCAGGAUUCCCACUGCAAAGUAGACCUUCCCAAACCAACUGGCUGCAGAAAAAUGUGUUCCCCUCUCAAAUAAAACCCUCUUAAAAUCUCCUGACACUUGUCCCCACCAAUAAGAUUUUUCUAGGCACAUUGUCUUUUUUUUUUUUUUUUUUUUUUAAGUAUCAAUGCUUCAAGACUUCUUUCUCCUUCACCGGAACCCAAAAACAAAGAGGCAAGACAAACUCCCAUCCCACUAGUAGUGGUCGGUCAAACUAACAAACGGACGAGAUGUUGACUUAGAUUUUCUGAAUUCUAACUAAAACUACGGCAUUUUUUUUUUUCAUCAUUUUUUUCAUCUUUGUUCAUAUAUAGCAUGUAUUAUUACUGCCACCCUAAUUCCACUAUAUUUUUAGUUUUUAUCGUUAUUUCAUCAUCUGUUGCACUUGCAUCUAUACCAUUUAUUGGGCGACCUCUUUUUUUGGUACAAUAAUUUGGGUUCCUUAAUGGGGCAUAUCUUCCUGUUUUAUGGGUGCGUUCAAAAAAUGAGAGUUAAGGAAACAUGAAAUAUUAUGUUGUGGAAAUGGAGGGAACUAUUCGCAAGUUUUGUGUGCGUUGGUUUAUCAAAACAAAAAAAAAAAAAGAAAAAAGAAAAAAAAAAGAAGUGUGUGUUGGAAAUAUCACCGGAUGGUGAUGAAUAGUCACAAUCAAUUGUGUCCUUUGAAUCAGUUCUCUCAGCCAAAAGCAGUCAGACAUGGCUAUAAUGACGAGAGGGACUUGUCAUCUGACCCUCCAAUGCCUUUAAAGGACAGUGUAAAAAGGGGGAAAGCACCAAAAGGGUAUAUGGGUAAGUGUUCAUUUUGGGUUUAACUCUGUCAUCUUCCCAGGAAAAAGACUUUAAAAGGGUAAAGUUCAGCAUCUUGGGACUUUUACCCCUUCGAGAGAAUAUGAAUAAAAACGAUUUUUGGAG